CGUCUCGCAUAAGAAACUCAGGCCAGGCCCGAACGGAUCAUAGUAUUAACUGACCGGUCGCCGGUGGAGAGCACCGGAACGGGACGGGCAAAAACAUCCCAAACUCUCAAGCAUCCAUCCAUCACCGGAAAAUGAGAGCGGCGGUUUCGCUUCUGACGAGGCUUCCUUUGACAACUGCUUCAUCUUCAUCUCCCCGUCUCUCUACGUUCCCUCUCCUUCACCUUCGUUCCCUCACUGUUGCUGCGUCCACGUCUUCUUCUUCUUCCCCUUACGUAACUGUUCCCACACAACAUCAGCAACCAACAGACCAGCUUCCCUCCUCGGAGACUGAGGGCGGCACUCGUCGAUGGAGACCGAUGUGCUUGUACCACACGCAGGACAGGUGCACCAAGAUGGAUGAUCAUACCCACCUCGAGAAGUUCAAUCACGAUUUUGCAAAAGAUCUUCGAGUUAACGUUGUUGAUGCAGGACGUAUGUCUCCUCAAGAUAUGGAUUACUUUUUAGUCCUUGAUUUGGAAGGAAAAGUCGAGAUUCUUGAAUUUCCAGUAUUGCUACUUGAUGCUAAAACACUGGCUGUUGUUGACUUGUUUCACAGGUUUGUGAGGCCUUCACAGAUGAGCGAUCAGAGGAUAAAUGAGUACGUUGAAGGAAAAUAUGGCAACUUUGGUGUCGACCGGGUCUGGCAUGAUACUGCUAUAUCGUUCAAUGAUACAGUUGACCAAUUUGAAGGUUGGUUGAAAAAACAUCGACUGUGGGUAAAGGAGCAGGGUGGCCAGCUUGAUCGAGCUGCAUUUGUGACAUGUGGAAAUUGGGAUCUGAAGACAAAGAUUCCCCAGCAAUGCUGGGUAUCAAGGAUGAAACCUCCUCCAUAUUUCGUGGAAUGGAUCAAUCUGAAGGAUGUCUAUCUAAAUUUCUAUCACAGACAGGCUAAAGGUAUGAUGUCGAUGAUGUCACAACUGGGAAUACCAGUUUUUGGAAGCCACCAUCUCGGUAUUGACGAUACAAAGAACAUCACGAGGGUGUUGCAGCAAAUGCUCAUUGAUGGUGCGCAUAUGAGGAUCACUGCACGAAGGAAACCGGAGUUCCCCGGGGGUGUGCAGUUCUUUUUUGAGGAUCGCAUAAUAUAGCUUCGGCAUGAGAAGUAAUUGUGGCCUGGAAGGUUCUUCCUUUCUCUCCCUGCUCCGAGGCCAGAAACGACCGUUAUUUUUUUUCUUUUUUUUUGUAAAACAAUUUUGGCGGCAAAAUUCUGUUGGGAAAAUGUGGAAAACAGAAAAUGAAAAAAUUAGAGCAUAUGUUGCCACCAACUCAAACGAAUCUCACAAUCUCGUGAAGCGCGUGUACAUAUACUUGCCCUUAACACUGGCUUUUAUAUUUAAGCUCCUCUGCUUUAAUUUUGAUCAAA